GGGACAGGGGGGAAAUCCUCAUUCGCUUUAAUGCAAAACAAACACAUUCCUCCUGCGGAGGGAGCUGGUAGGAACGUCGGGUUGCUCGGUCAAUGGUCAGGGUCAACAGCGGCGUGGUGUAUUCCGCAAAUAUGCCCGACUGUGAGGGCGGGCGCAAGCCGGCGUGAGUAGGUUAAACGUUGAGUUUUAUAAGGGCACCACGGGGUGACCAGCCCCUCCCCACCCAGCCCCACCCCUCCCCACCCAGCCCCUCCCCACCGUCCCCACCCAGCCCCUCCCCACCCAGCCCUCCCCACCCAGUUCCACCCUCCUCACCCAGCCCCUCCCCACCCUCCCCACCCAGCCCCUCCCCACCCAGCCCCUCCCUGCACGACGGACACAAUAAUCCCCUGUGGGCUGGUGUAACCUGGAGGUUCCUUCCAGUAAAAGAAAACGCUGAGAUAACUGAAGAAAUGCGACUGGAAAUUGACUGGAAAUGAAAAUCGUCGUCAUUGUCAGCAUUUAAACGAAGAUGAUGACCUCUGUUAGUUAUAUACAGUGUUAUCAUAGUUAUUAUCUCUGAUAUGCAUCAUCAACAUUGUCAUUACUGUCUUCAUCGUUGUCAUCAAUGUAAUGAACUUGAACUGCAAAAUUGACAAAAUAAUGCAGAAACUGACCCAUUAGAUGACAAGUGCUUUUAAUUUAGUUCAUACCCACAGUUAUUUCAACGAUGUAGUUCUUUAGACAUUUCAUAUAUUGUUUCACCUGCCCAAUAAAUAUAAAAACCCAUUUAAUUUCCAAAUUCAUGCCGAUCACAUAAAAAAUAUAUAACAUAUCAUUUUGAGCACUCGCCCUUUUUGUAACCAGGAAAUUUAAACUCACUAACGAAUACUUCCUUACAAAAGUUCAAAACUCUGAAUUUUAGAAAUAAACGUACAACCAAUAAAAGCGGAAUUCUCAUAAUGGAAGACUGGCGGCAACAGCAGCUGUUGCUCUCUCAGUCACUCUCCACCUCAUCAUCCCUCUCAUCUCUGUCAUCCCUGUCAUUGUCGUCAUCUUCGUCGUCGUCCCUUCGCCCCGGCCCUCCGGCCGCCUAUAAGCUCGUGGCGACGAGCGUGACCCAUUUCGGCAGCGCUCGCGCCGAGGCCUGCCUGCCCAGCAUCACCACGCCGCUGAGCCGUGCCGUGCACCAUUGCGUGGCCACCGACAACGCCGCCAAAACCGCCAGCACCGCAAAAACCACCGGCAAGUGGGAGGGCAGUCAUGGCUGCAGUCUCAAAACCACUGAGGCUCAGAGGGCUGGCGGCAUCCUCAAGGCCACCAGUCAAGGUGGCCACUUUCAAGACGUUGUUGGUGAAACUGGAGGUGCUUUUCCAGUUUUGGCACCCCACUGUGAUGAGCUACAAAAUGGCUGCUUUCGAGAGGGUGUCACGCCGGGCUGGUGCGGCGUGGCUUCGUGCCGGGUGGUGCACCGUGGCACGUGCUCCCCUGCAACCCCACGAAUCGUGCAUAGCUCACCUGUGAAGGCGACCGCCUUCGCCAUGGGUGGGGGUCGAUGCUCGAACGACGAUGGCCUCACUCAUUUAUUCAUCGGCAGCAGCGGCGACUCCUCCGAUUGCGGUUCCACGGCUCCCAAGAAUAACGUGGUCCUUGCCCGGAAGAGCCUCGCCAGGCCUAACGUCGCUGUGGGAACAAUAGAACUGGCGAGCGGAAAAAUCAAAGAGUUUUCCCGACAAACGCAGCAAGCGCAGGCGAACGCGGCGCGCAGGAGCCCCCGGCGGAAUAAAGGAGCCUCCGACGCCAAGGCCCCUGCGACAGUGAAACACGCGUCGAGGAUGAAACCAAUGUCAGAUCCAGAGACAUCACUGUGCGUGGCCCGACCGAGCGGCAGGGCAGGUCCUGAUGCGGCCUUCGACCUGCUCUUGCCAUAUCUGCGCCAGGGCCUCCUCGUCAGGCUCCUGGAGGAAGCCGGCGCCUCCACGGGCGGAGAUAACACCGGGAGUGUCGAGCAGUUUCUGUCGUCGUUGUUCGCAUCGACGACAUCGGCGCCUUCGACGGCCGCUUUCUCGUCCACAGAGGACAUCCGAGCCUGCCUGCAGAUCCUGGUGAAGUGCUCGGAAGACCUGAAGCGGUGCACCAACAUUAUCAAGCAGUGUGUCGACGAGAAGUCUCAGCGCGACGGCAAGGCGGUGCGUGCCGGUUGCGGGUCGUCUACUCCUGACCUCCACCGGGCCCUGCCCGACACGGCCGGGCCUGAAUUUCUCGCGGCAUUCCUUGGGGGUGCCGUCGCCGCGGCAGCCGCAGCAGGAUUUGGUUCUAUUGCCCCCCCGUCCUACGAAGACGUUGUCUCCUCCUCGUCCCACCCAGGCCGCCCUGCUACACCUCUGCCACCAAACGAAAUGCCAUUACGACGGUCGCUGGAGUUGAAAUCGUCAUCGUCUUCGCAUCCGACAUCAAAAUUCACAGGAAGGAAACCGUCGAACAAAACAUCAUCUUUGUUCUCACUAGCUCCUAGUCCGAAUUCUGUGGCAAUUGUUCCACCAUCGCAGGAUACAGGUGCUGACUUGCUGUUGCUACCAACACAGGCGACCAGUGAGAAUUGUGCUUCCAGAAGUGUUGAUGGUGGUGUCGCAGAUAACGGGAAGCUGCCUCACAUGUUGAUCAACUCCACCAACAUGGCGGCAGAUUUUCCACAGCUUCUUCCGGCCGUGGAAAGUGAAGGAAGUAUCGGGGAAAAGCGUGAGUAUGAUGUGGAUCAGAUUCUGGUGGAGUUGGAAAACAUUUCCAAGGAAUUUUCGUCACCAUCUCCUGUGAAGUCGAAUGCUAAAUUGGAUCCGGCAAAAGGCGCGAAGGCAAACGACCGAAACGAUAACGACGAGGAUGAAGAUAAACUGCUGGGGAAGGUGCUGGCAGUGAUGGAGGGCCUGGCCACGGACCUGGCGCAGUGCGGCGCCACCGGCUCGGGCGCCCGUCUGUCGGGCGAGGCACAGGUGCGGGCCAAGCAGGACCUCAUGGGGCUUCUCAUGGAGAGACUUACGACGGCGCUGCAGGGUCCCGAGUCAGGCCCCACGGCCCUGGCAGUUCCUCAGGAGCGGCACGCCCACCAGGCAGCUGGCGCAGAUGCGGCGGAGGCGGCGACGCAUUUGGAAACCCGAGAGGAGUCAAAACCCGAACCGGUCCUGCACAAUCACCUCCCGCAUGCUCCGGAUCCUGACCCACACCCUCCGAGCUCCCGGAUUCACAGCCUCAGCUCUUUCAGAAGCCCUGGGGAAUCCGUUCCUCACACUCCAGUCUCCUCGACGCGCAAGUCCCCAGCUCCAGCGCUGCGAGGAUGGAACUCGCGGGGGCCGACGCCACAGAGCGUCCUCAUCUCCGAACCAGCGCCACCUCCGCCGUCGCCACCACCACCACCAGCUGCGGUGGUUCAAAACAGCCCGGAUCCAGAUUUGCAAAUUCCGAUCGCCUUUGCACAAGUCCCCAAGCCGGCGAGUCCAGGCCGGGAGGGAGUGGAGAAGCAGGGGGGUGCUGCCGGCGCCGUUGUUGUGAUCUCAUCCACUGUGCCUCCUGCACCGGAUUCAAACAGUCUCCGUCCCGGUUACGAAACCCGGAAUCUGGAAUCUGGAGUUUCGCUUCAUGAUGCGGAGUCCGCUGUGGGUUUUCACGCGAGCUUGCUAUCCAGUGACGAUGAUGUCGGCAAAGGCGAAAGAUUUGGCAAAGGAGGUGGCGGUGGAGCUAGCAGUGAUGAGGAUCUGAGUGGGGUGAUGAUUGCUUUGAAGGAGGUCUUCGGAGCCCUGCCUGGUGGGAGAGCCUAUCUGGAAAACAUGACGGAUGUCACAAAGGCGUGCAGGUGCUGCCCCUACUGGAGAGUUGCCCUCUUCCUCGCUGCCCAUGGGGAGGAGACUGGAUUCGUUACCAUGGAAACCUUCACCCUGACCUGGUUACGGGUGACGCAAGCGAGUGAGGAUGACGCGGCGAGGUUCGUGUCGCUCCUGGCUCGGCCCGGGAUGGCUGGACUCACCCAGGAAGACUUCAUCCCCCUUGUGCAGGACAUUGUGGACACUCAUCCAGGGCUGGCGUUUCUAAAAGAAGCUCCAGAGUUUCACUCGCGUUAUAUAACUACGGUUAUCCAAAGAAUAUUUUACACAGUCAACCGAUCGUGGAGUGGACGAAUUACAGUUAACGAGCUCAGGAGAAGUAACUUCCUUCAAACGCUGGCGCUGGUGGCGGAAGAAGACGACAUCAACCAGGUGACAGAGUACUUCUCGUACGAGCACUUCUACGUCAUCUACUGCAAGUUCUGGGAGCUGGACACCGACCACGACCUCUACAUCAGUGCCAGCGACCUGGCGCGGCAUAGCGACGGAGCUAUUUCGAGUUGCAUGAUUCACAGGAUCUUCUCUGGGGCGGUUACACGAGGCUCCAUGGCGCAGCAGGCCGGACGCAUGAGCUAUGCUGAUUUCGUGUGGUUCCUGUUGUCGGAGGAGGACAAACGGACACCCACCAGCAUCGAGUACUGGUUUCGGUGCCUGGACCUGGAUGGGGACGGCGUGCUGUCUCUCUACGAGCUCGAGCACUUCUACAGUGAGCAGGCGCAGCGCAUGGAGGUGCUGGGCAUCGAGCCGCUGCCCUUCUGCGACUGCGUCUGCCAGAUGCUCGACCUCGUCAAACCUGUUCGGCCAGCGUGCGUGACGUUGGGAGACCUCAAACGUUGUAAAAUGUCGCACAUUUUCCUGGAUACAUUCUUCAACCUGGAGAAAUACCUCGACCGCGAGCAGAGGGAGCCGUUCGCCAUCACCCGGGAUUUGGAUGGAGACGCACCCGAACUGUCCGACUGGGAGCGUUACGCCAUGGAGGAGUACGAGAUGCUGGUUGCCAAAGAGUCCGAGGCGGAUCAGCUCACCAAGGGGACGUCCGACGAAGACAUCGACGAUGAAGACGACAUCCUGGCGGCCGCGGAACUCGCCGGCGAAAUUAGCGGCCUCGGCACACAGAGCUGACGGUGACAAGAAACUCCCUCCUCCUCCUCCUCCUCCUCAAUCCACGUCAUUGCCACUCCACCAACAUGCACUUAUUUGUCCUACAACCCUCGACCACCAGCUUCCAUGGCAUUUGAGGGCAGGACGAUCAGGGAAUGCAAUCCUCUCCAAGGAUAUCUGGGGGAAGUGCCAUUCCCUUGGUCAGUUUGAACCUUGAACCGUGUUCUGGCAGUAUCUCUACUCAGUCCACAGCUCAUCGUAGUAGGUGAGGCUGAGGGCAAGGCUGAGAGCCUGGGCUAUAAUGCCCGGUUAAUCUCGUGUAAGGCUAGAACAGCUCCAAGCAUCGUUCCAUUACAAUCGCAGCCCUUUGUGUAUGUGACAGACGGAUGAACGCGUGGGGGUGUGGAGAGGGGAGGGGAAACCGUACACAAUCGUUCCUUCUGUCCAUCCGUCGGGAGAAAGCUGGACACGUUUGAUAGGCGCUAUUGGCGCAACGCGUGAAUGGUUAAGCGUGAUGCAUUACACGCGUGAGGUAUGUGUGUGUCGCAGUCCGUAUGCGGUCUCUCGUACGCAAACUUGACCUGUGUAUACACCUGCGUGCCCGUGUUGGAGCUGACAGUUCUGGAAACUCGUGUUUCCGGACUUUUGUAUGUUACUGUUAUGUUUUUUUCUAAAUUAUUUUAGUUUUUUUCCUCCCUAUCGCCAUUACCGUCUUGAGAUGAAGGGGAAAAAAAAAACGUUUGUUUGGCAACUCUCGCCGAGAGCGGUUGAACAUCCGGGGAGGAUGGCUGCUGAAGAUGACGUCGUGGGAACUACAGUAAAACCUUGGAUUGCGAGCAUAAUUCGUUCCGGAAACGUGCUUGUAAUCCAAAGCACUCGUAUAUCAGCUGUGAUCACGUGACGCUCGGCAGACGAAGCGUCUACACGUACUACUCGUAUUGCAAGACCUCGCUCGUUUAUCAAAUAAAAAAAAAAUUGCUCAUCUUGCAAAACACUCGCAGACCAAGUUACUCGCAAUCCAAGGUUUUACUGUACUUGCGAACUACCGCGUCAGCUUUUGUGCCCGUUAUCGUACAGCUCUCCCGCGUGUUUGGUGGCUGUGGCCCACGAGCCGUUCGACGUGCCGACGUUUUGCGCUGGGAGCUCCUUCAGGAGGCGAAUUCGGUUGCCGUUUUGAGAGGAACGCGCAGCAAUUUGCAGUUGCAAAUUCAGAGGCCGUCGUUGUUGGCAACUUGAAUUCGGUUCCUGAAAAAGCGUCCAGAUUUCAGUUCGCUCAAUGCCCAAUGACGUGCGGGAACAGCCAUACAAAAAAAACACAUGGGAGGGGCUAGACGUCUGAAGUCGGUCCCUUCAGUUGCGUCGCAUCCCCCACGCGAGUGGGCGGCACCACCUCGUAUACUAUGCAAAGAGUGUUCGGCGCAUGACAAUCACAGCAUCGCUCAAUUUAAAUAAACGAUUUAAGAAAACCA